AUGGAUCCAUCAGAAGUCGAGUUCCUUGCCGAAAAGGAGAUGGUGACGAUAAUACCAAACUUCAGUCUUGACAAAAUUUAUUUGAUUGGGGGAGACUUGGGUCCUUUCAAUCCUGGCCUGCCUGUUGAUGUACCGGUUUGGCUGGCUCUCAAUCUGAAGCAGAGACAGAAGUGCAGAAUCGUACCUCCAGACUGGAUGGAUGUUGGAAAACUGGAGGAAAUCAAAGAGCUAGAAAGUAAGGAGGAGACAUUUGCUCCGAUACCAAGUCCUUACUACAUGGAGCUCACCAAGAUGCUGCUCAACCAUGCAUCUGACAACAUCCCCAAAGCCGAUGAGAUCAGAACCCUGGUGAAAGAUAUCUGGGAUACUCGUGUGGCCAAACUGCGCCUGUCUGCAGACAGCUUCAUCAGCCAACUCGAGGCACAUGCCAAGCUGGACAACCUAACCCUAAUGGAGAUCAACACCACCCGAACGUUCCUGUUGGACUCUCUGAACUGCAUGUACAAACUUAGGACCAAUUUGCAGCCAGGUUCUGACAAGUACAAUGACUACUGAUUACUGUUCCUGAACUUCCAGCGUCAA